UCAGUUUUUUUCAUUCUUUUGUUUUACAAUGGAGCUGAGCUAAACUAAUUAUAAUUUUUUUAGUUUUAUUUUUUCUUUUUUAGUUAAUAAUGGAAUUUGUAGAACUGAUUUCAACACCAAAAUUAGAUGGAGUAUUUCUACAUGACCACACACAUGUUACUAUUGAAGGAACUUUAGUUAUUACAGGACAUCAUCUUAUUCUUAGCUCUCGUCAAGAAAACACUCAAGAAUUAUGGUUACUGCACAAAAAUAUCGAUUGUGUCGAGAGAAAACCAUUUAUGAUAAACAAUACAGUAAUGGGAGGUGUUCUGACGUUGAAAUGUAAAGAUUUACGAGUUAUCUCACUAGAAAUAAAAUAUUCUAAAGAAUUUUUUAAUGUGGCAAAUUCACUAGAACAACUAUCAAAAAUCAGCCUAGAAUCUGAAUACCCUUUCUUUUAUAGACCAAUGUAUACAAUCCUGGAAGAUGGUUAUCUAAUGUUUAGUCCCGAAAUAGAGUUUUCAAAACUUAUAGCAACUGAUGAAUGGAGAGUUUCAAAUGUAAACAAAGAUUACAAAGUUUGUUCUACAUACGGUGCUACAGUUGUCGUGCCGAAAACCAUAACAGAUGAUCAAAUUAUACAAUCAGCCAGUUUUCGUGAUGGAGGCCGGUUUCCAAUAUUAAGUUAUCGUCAUGAAAAUGGUGCGACAUUACUUAGAAGUUCUCAACCAGCUCAACAUGGGGGCCUUAAAAGAUGUAGAGCUGAUGAAGCAAUUUUAAAUACAGUACUAGGAAAUAGUAAGAAGGGAUUUAUUGUUGAUACAUGGGGUAAAGGCAAAUCUAAUACUGAAACUGAUCAACAUUAUCCUCAAUGGAAGAAAGUUAAUCGUGCAAUCGGAAACGUUUCAACCCCUUCAUCCAUUUUAGAUAGUUUUUCCAAAUUAGUUGAAGCUUGUAGUGAUAUCCAUUGUUCGUCCGAUAAGUGGCUCUCUAGACUAGAAAAUUCUGGUUGGCUUAGUUUAGUAUUAAAUUCCUUAAAUGCUGCCUGUGUCGUUGCUCAAUGUUUAGAUCAAGAAGGUUCCCCUGUAUUGGUUCAUGGUUUAAAAGGGGUCGAUUCGGCUCUUAUAGUAACAUCUUUAGUACAAAUCAUAUUAAAUCCUGAUUGCAGAACUUUAAGAGGUCUUCAAGCUUUAAUAGAACGGGAAUGGGUUCAAGGUGGGCACCCGUUUACAACGAGACACAAAUAUUCCUGUUACACUGCAACACAAAAUCGUCCAAAAUCGGCUGGUGCAAGUUUUAUAUUAUUUUUGGAUUGCAUCUAUCAACUGUUUUGUCAAUUUCCUUGUAGUUUUGAAUUCAAUACGAGUCUAUUAAUUUUACUUUUUGAACAUAGCUAUUUUAGUCAAUAUGGUACUUUUUUAAUGGAUUCGGAAAAAGAAAGAGUAGAUUUAAAUAUUCAAAAACGCACAACCAGUUUAUGGUCAUACUUAAAUCGUCCGGAUAUAUUAAAAACCCAUUUAAAUCCUACGUAUGAACCAAAUCCAAAUGUAAUAUGGCCUUCAGUUGCACCAAUAAGUUUUGAAUUAUGGAGUGAUUUGUAUUUACGAUGGGUAAUUGAUCAAAAUAAUGCCAACAAUACAAACGGUCAAAUAUUACAGAUUAUUAGUACUGAAAAAGAGCUCAAAGCAAAGGUACAAAAAUUAAGGAAACAGGCAAUUGAUUUGAAUCGCGAAGUCUGCAAUCUUAUAACGAAUCAUACUUAAUUAGUCACAAUUAAAUAUUAAAAUAAGUAAUAAUAGUUAGUAUUUUUAAAAAUAACAAAGUUGAUUAAAUUUCCUUUUUUGUAACUCCAAAAUUAAAAGAUAAAUAAAAAUAAUACAAAAAAAAACAUUUUUAUGACGCAUUUAAAAUAAAAAUAUUAAUAAUUUAGUAUAGGUGAUAACAAAAAUCAAUACUUAUUAAAAUACAUAAACUCCGUAUGAAUGUAAAAUUUAAACAUUAAAUUAUAACAAAGGAUUCUGUUAUUGAAAUAAAAAGUAAUUUAAAGUUGAAACAAACAUACAUACAUACAUAAAUAAAAAUUGUGAUUUU